CUGACGACUAAUAUAUGGACACUCGUCGUCAAGCGCGCUCCAAGUCUAUCGCCGUUCGAAGCUUUGCACAUGCACCUCCACAGGAUUGAUCUUCGCGGAGAAGCAAGAAGGGCAGUAUGCGCGUACGCCAUGCGAGCUUUCCAUCGCCAUGGCGUCAGCAACAGCAUUCACUUUGGAUAGACUUCUCAUUCGAAUAACCUUUCAGAGCCUUCCCCUCGAACAUUGGUUCAUCGGAUCUGGCACUAUUCUUGUGGGGAUGCGCUCGAAGUUGUUAUACCUUUCGUUCAUUUACGACUCCAGGUGCGAACAUGUACGACUGCUGAGAACCCAGCUAUAGAGCGCGGCACCGAUGCUGCGCGCGUCACUGGAGUCAUCAUGAGACCCACAUAGCUCGG